UGCUGCAAUAAAACCGGAAGAGACGUUUCUGUUUACUGGUUAUGCCGUUGCAUAAAUGUCAUUCACAAAAAAAAAACUUGUUUCGAAUCCUUCUUGAAUUACUUUUUGUUGUUGUUGCGCAUAGGAACUCAAAUUAACAUAGGAAAGGAAAGGAGAGGAGGGACACGCGGGUUCCGCAUCUGUGCAAUGGGACUUUAUGUCUGUCUGUAUGCGCCCAAUGUAAUCGGUUACAUUAGGAUUCUUCUUGUACUCACCGCCUGGACUGUAUAUAGUGACCCAGUGAGAUUUCUACCCUUGUAUGUGGCAUCAGUAAUAUUGGAUGGGCUGGAUGGGUGGGUGGCACGCCGGCUGCAGCAGACCUCCAGGUUCGGAGCUUGGCUGGAUGUAGUUGUGGACAACAUAGGACGUGGGAUGCUCUGGAAUAUACUUUAUGACUGGGGGUGGUUGGUGUCCUCAGCAGAGUGGUGUGCGUUUGUGUGCAACCACAGUGCUCGAGGAGCCCAAUGGAAGAACUCUUUCACGGGGAGCCCGGUCUGGGUUCGAGCAGUGAUGGCGAAAGGCUUUAAGACUCCACUGGGCAUUUUGACAAUAGCAGGGAUCCAUGUUUUGCCUGUGUGGCUGUAUUGCUAUCAGUAUGAGGUGCUGUCUCAGGCUCUCUAUAUCCCACACUGCCUUCAGAUUCUUGGGAUUCUGGUGCUGGCAGCUGGACGCUUACUGGGAUUAGCAGUUGAGAUGUGGUGCAUCUUAACCCAUGUGAGAUGGUUACUGUUGGAUGAAGAGGAGGAGAAGAAGAGCUAGGAUGAAUGUAAAGUGUUACAUGUUUGUGUUUUGGGUUACUGGGUUUGAGAUUGAAUUGAUGUGUGAAGCAAUUAAAAGGGAAAAUGUGUCUUUUAUGAGGGUAUUGAUCCAAAAAGCAACUGCACAAAUUGCAGGUAAGAGUAUGUUGAAUGUAGAAUUUUGCAGGGCUUUAUUUGGUGUAUAUUCUCUUGAUAUAUACAUGUAUUAUACUAUGUAAUAUACUUAAAGGGAUAGUUCACCAAAAAAUGAAAAUUCUGUUAUCAUUUACUCACUUUCAUGUUGUUACAAACCUGUAUACAUUUAUUUGUUCUGAUGACCACAAAGGAAGAUAUUUUGAGGAAUGUUUGUAACCAAGCCAUAAGCCCCAUUGACUUCCAUAGUAUUUUUCCUACAUUAAAAGUCAUUGGGGCUUGUGAUCGGGUUGGUUUCAAACAUUUCUCAAAAUAUGAAGAGUUGGUUCCAAAACAAGAUAACUCAGUUUUUUUUUUUUUUUGAAUAAAAAAGUUUGAUUUUUAUUUCAAUUAAUAUCAGUCAAACUGCAGUUGGUUUUGCUUUAAGCAAAAAAAAAAAAAAAAAAAAAAAAAUACAGACGUCGGAGCCGAUGGUGUAGUGGGCAGUGCUCCGACACUUUCAGUGACCCUAGUUCGAUUCCCGGCUCGUGGUCACUUGCCGAUCCCAUACCCCCUCUCUCCUCCUUGUACUUUCCUGUCCUCUCCUAAACUCACUAUUAAAUAAAGGCUAUAUAUAUAUAUAUAUAUACAAAAAAAUAUAGCCAAAUAGCACGAUAAAAAGAUAAUAGUGAACAUGUUUGACAACAAUUAUUUUGUUAUUUCGUUUUGGAACCAAAUUCUUCAUAUACUUCCCUUUGUGGUCACCAGACAAAUAAUUUUUUGGGUGAAUGAUCCUUUUAAACACAAAGCACUGUUUUUGUGACAUGCUUUUAAUGUGCCAGAUUUGACAAUACUAUUAUAUUUAAUUUCUUUUUGUUUUACCACUAAAGUAUGGUUCAUCAGUUUUAAUUUAUGUUAUUAAGUAGGGCUGGGCAAAAAAAAUCGAUUUUUCGAUUAAUCGUUUUUUAAAACCGGGUCGAUUCAGAAUCGAUUCUCAAACAGCAGAAUCGAUUUUUUUUUCUUUCAUACUUAUUUCUGCAAACAUUGAACGAAAGAUUAAUGUUAAUCGAAUUACUAGUCUUCUUCACUAGAUGUCACCCUCUUUUGUGCUUUGCACGAUGUGAUCUAGGAGAGUUGUUCACUGUUCUUUUUAUUAAUAUAGUAUUUGUAAUAAAUCUAUAUUCAUCGAGUUGAAUCGAGUAUAAAAACCGGCCCAAGAACCGGAAUUGAAAAUUGAAUCGAGAAUCGAAUCGAUUUGAUAGCUUGUGAAUCGAAUCGAUCUGGAAAAUCUGAAUCGAUACCCAGCCCUAUUAUUAAGUCAUUCGUACUAUAUAAAUGGCUUAAAAGUUUUUCAAGAUGGACAAAGUGUUACAUUAAUAAUAGGACUAGUUUAUUUAUUUUGCUUAGUUUCAUUUUAUUCUUCAUAUAAACUGCUUUUUUCCACAAUGCGAAUGUAAAAGAUUGAUCAUAAUAUCAUUUUCAGUCUAUCAUUAUGACUAUUGAGGUAUAACAGUAAAAUAUCUUUCAAAAGUACUUAUGCUG